AUGUUCCGUUAUAAGGACUACAUUCCCCUGCCGCCCUGGUCUGAUGGCGAACCUGGCAGUCCGUAUCGCAACGCGAAGAACCCCGUCGGAGACAGGCGAAGACGGAUCGGACAGGGCAUAGUAUCCCUCUCGGUGCUCGUCAAUCUGUACUUCCUGUACGCGACGUUCACCAGCUGGCCUGCGCCGCUCGACAACUACCAAGCACUGAACACGCACCCCAUACUCGACACCAAGGCCCUCGUUGCGAUCAAGCCUGCAAAUUCCCAGGACAAUGUCAUCGUCACGGGGCUCUACACCGACGCGUUCGCGACUGCGGUAGCCACGCUCGGCCACACGCUGAACGUGGCCAACUCUUCUGCUGCCCGCCUCCUCUACUAUCUACCCGACAAGGUGUCCGAGCGCGCGCUCUGCAUCGCCACUGUCUCCGGGUGGGAGCCCGUCCGCAUCGAGCGCAUCGCCCCGCCCUUCCGCGGGGUGCACCGCCACUUCCUCGAUCAGUACUCCAAGUUACACUUGUGGACGCUUGACCAGCGCGGUUACCAGUCUGUGAUGUACGUCGACUCGGAUACCAUUGUCCGGCGUAACUUCGACGAAGUCUUCCGCCUACCGUAUACGUUCGCGGCGGUGCCCGACGUCUACACGGACUCGCAGGGGUACGUGACCGCGUUCAACGCGGGGGUCAUGUUCCUCCGCCCGGACACGGAGCUGUUCCACGACAUGGUGAGCAAGAUCGCGACGGCGCACUACCCCGCGGAGCAGGCCGAGCAGGCGUUCCUGAACCACUACUUUGGGGCGGAAGUCCUGCGGCUGCCGUACGCGUACAACGGGAACCUCGCGAUCAAGAAGCGCACGCCAAAGCUGUGGACGGCGCUGCAGGACGAGAUGCGGAUCAUGCACUUGACGAUGGCGAAGCCGUUCCUGCAGGGCGACUAUGCGGAGGUGGCGAUGGACCAGCUGGAGCGGAACGCGGAGAGAGUGGCGAGGAAGAAGCCGGUGUUCAAGGAGGAGAUCGCAGAGUGGGUGGAGGCGUGGCUGGAGACGCGGCGGACGUACGCGUCGAAACUCGUGAAAUGCAAUGCGCUCUGACGCUUGUUGCUGCGCUAGCGUGUCCUCGGUAAUACCGGGCGGCAUGGCCUGGAUGUGUCUUCCUUCGCGACCAGUUUAAUUACUAAUCCAUGCACGUCCUGAAGCCUACGUGACCAGUUGCCAGAUUAUGGGAUGAAUGGGUAGCUCCAUGAUAUCACUGUAAUACCACUCGUCUCAUCCUCCUGGCUGUACUAAAUUUCAAAGGACUCUCC